GUGCGAUUGUAUUCGAAUGAAUGAGUCGUGUCCAAGCCGCUGUCUCUCUCAUCAGCAAGCGUCGGGCUCUGCAGGGUGGGAAAUCCGACUGGCCCACAGCCACGAUGGUGUGGCAUUGGAGCAGUCGGCUUGCCCGAAACCUCACACACCCCGCCACCCAGCCAUCUGCGCUUCGUCUACACUCAUCAAAACUCGCACCCAAAACGGGGACACACUCACCUUCACUGCUCUUCGUUUACACACACAGGCCAUCUGUACACAUCACAUCACAUCACAGCCUGCCUCCUUCCAGCAGCAAUCACGCACACACAAUCGCACCAACACGCACGUCAGAACCGUUCCCCCAGGGCAGCGGCCGCCUUGCCCAGCAUCUCACGAGGGAAGGCCGUCAGCGGACCCAGAUCAAGCAGCCGCCGCCCGAACCACAUCUCGCGGUGCAGCGAUAUCUUUCCUUCAUCGUCAAAUUGUAUCCACACGCUGCAUGGCAGAGGCACACUCAACAGGGCAGACGACGGCCGGGAAGGGCUGAAGGGCGACGCGCUGCUGCUGGUUGGCUGCGAGGCGGCUGAUGCUGCUGUGGGGAGGGGCCUCUGCUCGUCACUGCCGUUGUCGUUGCUGUCGACGAUCUCAGCCGCCCUCUUGGUGAAGGCAUCUCUGCGGAUGUGCCAUAUCAUGUCCACGUCGAUCAAGAAGCCUCGCUGAUACUGAUCCACAACCUGCACGCACCAGACAGACAUGCACAUCCGUAGAAUAACAAUGAGACCGCAUUCUGCUCCCUUCUCCCCGCCUCACUCACCACAAACGACCGGACAUCUGUCCGACAUGCGCUCUUGACGAGAGCCAGCACACGGGCGAGGUCGGCGCGAUUGGUGACACACACAGAGGGGUCCUCGAAGGUCACGUCGUGACGAUACACAUCAAACAGGGAGUCGUGCGGGCCGCGGAAGUCGAGGGCGUAGAUCCGCCUGACGCUGGCAGCUAUGUUCUUGCGGUCAUCGAGGUUCGUCACAGCACCCAGAUAGGGAUGGAACUUGCCCUGCGAUGGGACGAACCGGGGCGUGAGAGGGCACAUUGCGGCGGCAAUGGAGGCUCCUCCCAGUACGGCACUCGCGCCACCGACAGCGAUGACUGCACUGCCGAGAGCCGUCACACUGCUCAGCUCCGCCAUGGCUCACGCAGCAGGCGCAAGAUGAGG